UCUCUGGCAUACAUUAUCCACCUCACAUCACAAAAUAAAAAAAAAAACAAGCCACGUCAUCGGAUAGUAUCCAAAGCAGCCAAUCAAACUCAUCAUCAAGAUAACCCAAAACUCUCACACAUACAUUCUUUAUCCAAUUUCCUCAAACUCAAACCACACAAACCAUCCUUAAAAGCCCUUCUCAACUUCCUAUCUUCAUCUCCUGAUCUCCUCUCUUAAGCUCGAUAUCAACACUCACCAGUUAACAGAAAAUCCAACUAAUAUUCCGACAUGGCCACCAUGACCUCUGCAUCAGUCACCAUCCCAUCCUUCACCGGCCUGAAGGUCGCCGGAGCCACAAGAAUGAGCAGCGGAGUUAAAGUCAACUCGGUCAGCACCACUCCAGUGGCGAAGAUGAGCUUGAAGGCGUCGCUCAAGGACGUGGGUGUUAUCGUGGCUGCAACAGCUGCUAGCGCCAUACUGGCGAGCAGUGCCAUGGCUCAGGACGUGUUGCUCGGCAGCAGUGACGGGGCGCUGGUAUUCGAGCCCAAGGAAUUCUCCAUUAGCUCAGGAGACAAGAUUGUGUUCAAGAACAAUGCUGGGUUCCCUCACAACGUUAUUUUCGACGAGGACGAGAUUCCCAGCGGAGUGGACGCAUCAAAGAUUUCCAUGUCGGAGGAGGACCUCCUUAACGCUCCUGGAGAGACCUACGCUGUUACUUUGACUGAGAAAGGCUCUUACUCCUUCUACUGUUCUCCUCACCAGGGAGCUGGCAUGGUUGGAAAAGUCACAGUUAAUUAAGUUGUUGGUUAUGUAACUGAGGCUAUUUUUAUAUAUAUAUAUAUAUUUAUAUAUGUUCUCGAUCGAACAUUUUCUUUAAUUUAAUUAUCUCAUCUUUUUUCUUUAUCUUCGGGGUUUUUUUUUUGUGCUGGAAAUCAUGUUAAAAUGUGUGUGAGGUUCUGGUGGUGCUCUACCAUAUUAUAGUGCUUAGCUUAUUUUAUUUUUGGCUGACACUUUCUUUUUUCAGUAAAUUGUUGAUUUAUAAUCUA